AGCACGCAAAAUAACCAACCUCUGAAUUUACCAUAAUUCUUCAUAAGCUAUCAGCAAUAGAAAUCAUGGGGAAUUGCAUAGUUCUUCAAGAAAAAGUUGUUAAGGUCAUGAAACCAGAUGGGAAGAUUCUUGAAUAUAGAGCACCCGUCAGAGUUCAGCAAGUACUAUCAGAGUUUUCAGGUCAUGCAAUAUCUGAUUCCCUUCAGGAUUUUCAGCAUCUCUUACCAGAUACCAAACUGCAUGGUGGCAGCUUGUACUAUCUUGUAGCUCUUCCUUUACCAUCCCCAGAAGUUAAGAAGAAAGUUAGAUUCUCAAUUCCAGAAGAGGAAAACAAAAAAGAAACUGGAGCUGUGAGAAUCAAGUUGGUCAUCAGUAAGCAAGAACUGCAGGAAAUUCUGCAGAAGGGAGGGGUUUCAGUUGAUUACAUGAUUUCUCAGCUUCAGGGUCAGCAGAGAGUACACAGAGUUGAUACAUCUGAUAAUGAUGGCUGCCAUAAAGGUUGGAAGCCUGUAUUAGAAAGCAUACCUGAAAUAGACUAAAAAAGUGAACUAGUCCCUUUCUUAUAUCUAAGUAACUUUCCUGUAGUAUGUUUAGCAAACAAAACAUGUAGUGUAUACCGCAAAGAUACUGGAAAAUAUACUGUUUAAGCCUGUCUUCUCAUGACAAGUGCUUUACAUCUAUUCUCUCUUUCUUUCUGAUCAGUAGAAAUGAUUUGCUAGUCACAUAUAUAACCCUGCUACAAUCCAAAGAAGAACAGCUGACACAAACGAAGGGCGAAAUCCAAAACGAAAGCUCUUUCACCUAAAAAGAGAAAUCAUGUACCUUCACAAUUGUAACACCAACAUCUACUUUUUUUCUUUUUCUUUUUUAAUUUCAUUCUGGAUCAAGUCUUUUGCUUGGUAUUACAAUCA